UGCCGGGGGGCGCCGCGGAGGGGGGCGCAGCAGCCGGGCCGAGCUCGCCGCCAUGGAGAUGGAGAAGGAGUUCGAGCAGAUCGACCGGGCCGGGAGCUGGGCGGCCAUUUACCAGGAUAUCCGACACGAAGCCAGUGACUUCCCAUGUCGAGUGGCCAAACUUCCCAAGAACAAAAACCGAAACAGGUACAGAGAUGUCAGUCCCUUUGAUCACAGUCGGGUUCGGCUGCAUCAAGAGGACAACGACUAUAUCAAUGCUAGUCUGAUCCGGAUGGAAGAAGCCCAGAGGAGUUAUAUCCUGACCCAGGGCCCUCUGCCCAACACGUGCGGCCACUUCUGGGAGAUGGUGUGGGAGCAGAAGAGCAGGGGCGUGGUCAUGCUCAACCGCGUGAUGGAGAAAGGCUCGUUAAAGUGCGCGCAGUACUGGCCCCAAAAGGAGGAGAAGGAAAUGGUCUUUGAAGACACCAACUUGAAGCUGACGUUGGUCUCGGAAGACAUCAAGUCCUACUACACAGUGCGGCAGCUGGAGCUGGAGAACCUGACGUCUCAGGAGACUCGCGAGAUCUUACACUUCCACUAUACCACCUGGCCUGACUUUGGAGUUCCCGAAUCGCCAGCCUCGUUCCUCAACUUCCUUUUCAAAGUCCGCGAGUCGGGAUCCCUCAGCCUGGAGUACGGCCCCAUCGUGGUGCACUGCAGCGCGGGCAUCGGCCGGUCGGGCACCUUCUGUCUGGCUGACACGUGCCUCCUGCUGAUGGACAGAAGGAAAGACCCUUCAUCUGUCAACAUCAGGAAGGUCCUGUUAGAAAUGAGGAAAUUCCGGAUGGGGCUGAUCCAGACAGCGGACCAGCUCCGCUUCUCCUACCUGGCUGUGAUCGAAGGUGCCAAAUUCAUCAUGGGAGACGCCUCCGUGCAGGAGCAGUGGAAGGAGCUCUCCCACGAGGACCUGGACCCCCCACCCGAGCACUUGCCCCCUCCUCCCCGGCCGCCCAAACGCAUCCUGGAGCCACACAACGGCAAAUGCAAGGAGUUCUUCCCAAAUCAUCAGUGGGCAAAGGAAGAGCCUGAGGCGGACAAAGUGGACGGCCCCAUCAAGGAAGAAACUCGAGCCCCCUUAAACGUCCCCCCGAGCCUGGAAAGCACGAGUCAAGACACUGAAGUCCGACGGCGGGUGACGGGGGGCGAGCAUGCCCAGGGGGAGCCCUCGGCAGCCCGUGAGGAGCAGGAGCGGGCGGCCGCUCCCUGGAGGCCCUUUCUGGUGCACAUGUGCGUGGCCGCGGUGCUCUCGGCCGGCGCCUACCUCUGCUACCGGGUCUGUUUCCACUGAGGACAGCGAUACGACUGAGCGCGGGCACAGCGCUGGCGACAGCCCGGCCGCAGCAUCGGCGCUGCAAGGAUCUGAGCCCAUCUCAGAAGCGGCAGCUCCAGGGCUGAAGGCGGGGACUGCGAAGGGCUAGCGGAGGACCGAGGGUCGACCCCGGGGUGUGAGGCGCCCUGCGGUCGCAGGACACAGAGACUAAUCUCAGGGCCUUCCCUUUUCAGGAGUAAGUAGAGAAAAUGCCAAAUACAUCUGUCUCUCUCUUCUUUCCUCUCUCUUCUUCCCCUCCACCCUCUCUGUCUGUCUCUCUCUCUCUCUCUCUCUCUCUCUCUCUCAUUCUCAUUCUCCCCCCCCCUUUUUUUUUUGGAAGAGAAAAUAGAGUUACAACACAUUGUUGUUUUUAACCUUUAUAAAAAGUAGCUUUGGGUUAUUUUGGAGGUGGGGGAGACUAGGCACUUAGGGGGCUCUCUUGUACUGUGGUAGUAUCGUGAGAAAGCAUGUUUCCUCAUGUUUCCCGGGAGCCUUCCCUGGGGGAGAGGUGCACCCUGGCCCCCCUAGAAACCACGCUGGCUUCCGCUUCUGCUCAGGGGCCUCCUGCCUGCUCCAUUGUUUCUCUCCUCCCUCCUGCACAUGGCAGCCGGCCCGCCCACGGCCCUUCCUGCCCCUUCCCCAACUCGGGAUCCUCGAGGCCCCUGCUCAGGUGCCAGUCGCUGCAGGGCAGCUGCUGGCCUGGCCCCCACCACUGAGGUCUGGAGGGAGCGGUUUGCACUGGGUUGGGAGUUUCUGUGCCCGCCUCGGAGGCCAUUGCUGUUCGUGCAGGGAGCCGGGAGCGGAACACCCAGGUGCUGGGGAGGAGUCGCCACCCUGGAUGUCUUCUGGGCUGUUCCAAGUUUUUCCCUCUUCCCAGGCGACCAUCUCGGAGCAUAUCCGAUGGUUUUGCUGUAAUACCCACGAUUUUUUUCCUCGGAGGCAAGUUUUGGGUAGGGGGCCCCAAGUGUAAAAGGAGAAAAAGCGAAAAAGCCACUCCCCCUUCCCGAGGCCAGUGUGAGGGCCACGUGUCAGCCGGGGAAGGAAGUCCUCGGCUCCGCAGGGCAGAUCCAGGCUCAUUCGAAAAUAUUUGGUUCCGUUCCAGUUCCUGCUCAGCAGCAACCCAUAAUCUGACCCCCACCCCACCUCCGCUCCACCUGCACCCCGCUGUCGGUCUCUGCUCCUAGAACCCACACCCAGCUAGCCGGCCUACCGCAGUAGGGAAGGGCUGAGGGCUGCGUGGGCAGCGGGCCUCACAGAGCCACCUGCCCACUUCUCCUCGCCCCUCCCCCGGCCUGUGCUCCCACACCCAUCCACAGCCAGUCGCAGAAGAGAGAGAGCCCCCUGCUGGGGGCCAGGCUUGCCCCCCAGGUGCUACCCUGGACAUGUCCUGGUGCCUCCCAGGUGGUUGGCACCAGCAUCCUCCCUGGAGCACCCUCCUCGGAGUGGGAGGGAGGGCGCCUUCCACUCCGUAUUUAUUUUUUUAUUCCCUCCCCCCAAAAAAGUGUCCAUAGUGCACUAGAAUUUUCCUAAACCAGUAAUGUAUUAAGACUUUUUUGAUGUCAGCCUUGCAUCAAGGGCUUUAUCAAAAAGUACAAUAGCGAACCCUCAGGUAGGGCCGGGCACGGAGCACUUGGCCGCGCCUGCUGCGGCCACAGGCUGGGAUGGAGGACGGUGGUGAUCAGUUGGCACACGUGGCUGUGCAGGCCGCGCCGGAAGACGCUGGGAUAAUGUAUAACGGACACUUGGGUAUUUAAGACGCGCGACGUGAGAUGAGUUUGUCCCGAUGAGGCCCCUCCCCUGGGAUCUGCUAGAACCUUCCCUCAAACCCCACUUUCCCGUAUAUUAGCACGCAUGUGCGUCCUCUCGUUGCCCGGCCCCAUCCCCCUUGCUUCAGAAACCGAGCGCUCUGCUCUCCCGUGCAUGUUCGGCCCCUGGACUGGCUGCGGAGGCCGGGCUGGAGCGCGCGCCACCCACCCGCGGGCCCAUGUUGACACUCCCUGGUCUUGGCCUGACUCCCGGUACGGCACCUCGGUGACUUUCCCAGCGACUCCCAGCCUGGCCUCGUCCUGACAUUCCACGGGUCCAUAGGCACCCCUCCUACCCUGAACAUUGAGGCACAUGGAGCCCCCACCCCUAGCCCUGCACUUUGGGGACCAGCCUCGACUGUCCCAUGUCCAUGCUCUCCUGGGGCAGCCGGGAUCUGAAACCACACAUCGGAGACAGCCUGGCUGACAGCCCCGGCGGCCGCCGCUGACUGCUUGAUCCGGGGGGCCUGGCCAGGAGACCCCAGGGACCGAUGGUGCUCACGACUCUUCCUGCGAGGGAUCUCCAGACCUCCGCCCUCAGUGGCUGCUUCAACUGAACCAGAACAACACCGUGGCAGCCGGAGCUCCGAGCUGCCUUUGGCCAGCAUUUUCACCUUUUGCCUUUCACGUGCAGAGGAAUUCUGUGGCGGGAACAUUCGAGGCGGUGCCCUGCAGAGCCGGGGGGGUGGGGGGCGGCCAAGGGCCGGGUCGGCGUGGCCACAGCCCUGGAGCUCGGCGUGUACAUAUAUCUAGAUCUCUGUAGUAGCAUUUCUCAUGGCUAGACUGGUUUCCCCUCCCGUCCGUGGGAAGCAUGGGCCCCUCUCGUCCCAUAUUCGAUAGAGAAGUAGCGAGCCGCCCUGCUCUAUGCCUUAAGCCAAUAUUUACUCAGCGGGUCAUUCUUUUCCACAGUGGCCAUGGAAUCAACCGUUUGUACGAAAAUAAAAACAAACCGAACAAGC